UUUUUGGAAUUGGAAAAGCCUAAGAGAAGAAGAGUUUGGUCUCGACUGCCUUUCAUCUCUCCUCUAUAUAGAGACGUGGCAACAGAAGAGGCUCAAUAAGGUUUAAUUCACUAAUAAGGAAGAUGGCUCUUCUUGGAAGGCUACGUGUAUCUUAUUUUUUAGUAUGUCUUCUGUUUUGUUGCUUCAUCCAGAGAGGGAUACAACAAACCUUUUUAAAAAUACUCCAUCCUCACUAUGCUGUUAGAAGCCAUGCCCUUCGCCUGACUUGGAACGAGACUGCUGGAAUGAAGGACACUUUUGUAUUUCCUGAGGAAAAUGUGACGGCAUUUGACGCCUAUUCAUUCUUUGUAAAUGAAAUUAAUUUCAACGACUCUACAACUGGCAAUAUAUUCAUUGGUGCCAAGAAUAUAUUAUAUGAAUUAAAUAUAAAUUUGACGAAAGUUAAGGAAUUUUCUUGGGGUGCAACUCCUGCCGAAGUGACAGCCUGUAAAACAAUAUCAGUGGAUGACAGUUUUGCUUGUCAUAACCACAUUAGGACAUACAGGAAGUUACCUGAUACAACUGCCGCCGACAGACUUUAUGUAUGUGGGACUGACGCCUAUGCUCCAAAAUGUCGGACAUUAAAACUGUCUGAUAUCAGUAACACUAGUGAGGCCAGUGAUCCUAUAAGUACUCAUGAUGUUGGCGUCAUUUCAGUCCAUCCAUCCAUUCCUGCACUGUGGGACUUUCAAGGUGACGAUAAGAUUGUUGCUAGCGGUUUCUACGCUGCUAACUUGUGGAAUUCUUUUGAUUUCGCUCGUUACAAUAUCUCAUACAAUACCUCAUCAAAGAACCUUGAAGUAUCGGGCAAGGACCGUACAAUACAGUCGAGUGAUGACUUCCAAAUAAGAGCUCCAUAUCAUCCAAUUGAUAUUUACAAUGUCGACUUGUCUGAUGAUGAUAACUUUAAAAUGUAUUUAUUUUUCUUUCGAGAGAGAGAGUUCUUAGCGACCGAUUCAAGUUCUUCUCCUGUAAGAUCAAGACUAAUAAGAGUUUGCAAGGAUGACAGAGCUCUUAGUGGAAACCUAUUUGGUUCGCUGGUGAAGGCUGAGAUCUAUUGCGGGAAAGAGCCCCUGGGAACUCCGGAAUCUUAUGGAGCCCAGAUUUUCUUUUACACUGGACUACGCGAUACGCAUAUGACUGAUGUUAAGAGUCGCUGGCAUGGUAAUAAGCAUAUAUGGCAUAAGCUCAUGUAUGCAAUAUUCACCAGCGAACAAUAUGCCCCCAACGGUACUGCUGUCUGCGUUUAUUUUGCCGGAAAAAUUGAUAUUGGAGUUGCAGGAUCUUUCCUGGCCGAGACUUACAGAGGAGUCUAUGAAGUGUUCAAUCAAAACAAUUUUGAGCGAAGACUUGGGGAUGCUAAAGCUAGAAGCUAUCUUGAUUGUAGCAAGGCUAAUAAUCGUUUUUCAAUGGGUGAGUCUGACUAUAUUCGGACUAAAAGUGGCAUACAGCAGUAUUAUGGGAUCUAUCUUCCUCUGGCGGAGUUCCCUGGAGAAGUAUUCACUAAGGUUGUUACUGAUAGAGCUUGUGUUACUGCUUUUAAUGACAGUUCACAUUGUCUAAUGCAAGAUGUUAUAUUCCUCUCCACUAAUAAUGGUAAGAUCUAUAAAAUGGCGCUUACCACUAAACCCAGUGAUUAUCCAAUGGAUCGAAGAGCAGGUCUGCGUCAAGUUUCACACGAUUCUAUAGUAUCUCAAGAAUGGGAGCUGGCGGACAGCAGAAGUGUUGAGCAGCUAUAUUUGAGAAUUGAGGGGAAUUCAAGAUACCUUUACGCUACUACCUAUUCACGCGUGUACAAGUUUUCAGCAGUGAGCUGUCACCUUUACGGCAACUGCAGAGACUGUAUAAAGUCACGUGACGCUCAAUGCGUGUGGGACACAAGCGUUGACGGAGGCAAGUGUGUGUAUAACAAUAUAACUGCUGGUGAAGAUGGUGAGGGAGAUGUACCAUCAAAUAUUUAUCAAAAUAUACAUACUGGUUAUCACAGUAUUUGCAAUGCUCCUCCUAUUUGUGAUGAUAUUAAAAUAACUCCAAACUACCCAACUGGUUUCCUUAUAACUGGAGCUGAUACAUGUCAGGGAUACACAUCUCUGUCACUGAAUAUUAUGUCUCAUUCCUGCAAUGAGUCCGGCUCAACUACUUCACAUUCGCUCAAAAAUAAUCAUUCUCAGGCAGUUUCCAGUAGUCAGUUUCUUGGACGUCACCUCUAUAAGUUGGACUUCAUUGCUGCUGGCAAUUCAAAUAGUUCAGUCUACACAUUUUUUGUUACUACUGUUGACGGAGCCCCCACCAUGCCAAUCAGCAGUGAAGUGACAGCUUCGAGCAACAGCACAGACUCUGUUAGUGUCACUGUUUCCUUGAGAGGCUGUUCACUCCACAGUGAUCCCACUGAUCACCGAAUAUGCGUUUUGUUUGAGCGUUUAACUGGUGGUAACUCCCAGUGUCAGGAUUAUGCCGGUAUUAAUGUGUUUCAGUUCACUGGAUUAAACCCAUGUGAAAGACUUGAUUAUACUGUAGGAAUUGAGAAUUCAUUUGGAAGUAAUAAUGGUUACAAUGGCAGUAUAGUGCCACUGUAUUCUCCUCCUAAUCCAGUGACUGGAAUCAGUUCAGUACCUGGUGCAUAUAAUGUGGUUUUAUCCUGGUCCGCUCCUACUACCGGUACUAACUAUUGCGAUGUCAUUGGAUAUUCAGUUUAUAUGAAUUCUGUUAAAAGAGUGGACUGUGCCUCAAUAGAAGGGACCAGCUACACUAUCUCUGGACUCAAUGCUUCCUCUAACUAUCAUUUUGAUGUUACUGCUUGCUCCAAUGGAGGCGAAUCUUCUAAAGUGUCCCACAGUGUCUCAACAUCUUGUGGCCCUCCCUCAAGAGUCAGAGACCUCACCAGUACUCCAUCCGGUACAAGCUCGUUGAGUUUCUCCUGGAGCCCUCCUGCCAUUGCUAAUGGAGUCUUGACUUAUGUGAUAUAUCAAGAGUGCUUUAAUCAAACAACAUUAGUGACAGAUGAAGAGCCUCCAGCCUACACAUCCGAUCCAGCAUUCACUAUCAGUUCCUUGCAACCAACCACACUAUGCUGCAUUAGAAUCUUCCCUAACCUCACCUGUGGUGGCAAUAUAUCCCUUGGGGACGAGAGGCAAGCGUGUGAAACUACAAACGACGGUUCUCCGGGCCCGGUUGAUGGUCUAACGGCCACAACCUCUAGCCCACAGUCGGUGCUGGUCCGUUGGUAUCCUCCCCUUAAUUACACUGUCCCUGGUAUAUCUUACCUCAUCACUGCAGUGCCCGAGGGAGGAAUGGGAAAUACUGUUUCAGAAUCCACUUUCAAUCUUUUCUUUCACUUGACCGAUUUGCAAAAUGACACAGAGUACACUAUAACUGUGUCUGCUCGCACUAAAGAUGGGUUCUCUGAGGGUCCUUCGGACUCUGUGGUGGCCACAACGUUCCCUUCUUUUCCAGACCCACCCACUGACGUUACCAUUUCAAUAUCUGAUUGUAUGGCUACCGUUACUUGGGAUGACCCGACUAAUGAGAAAUACAGUGUUGAUAGCUACAUAGUAUUUAUAAGAUGCAACAGGUUCACUAGUAACAGCAGUGCUGCGUCUACUGAAAGAUCUGUUCAGUUUAACAUAUGCCCUGGAAACGAGGUCAGUCCUAGUUUCUCUUGGUGUGCCACUCAGGUCAUGAGCGAGAAUGACGUGGGACCUAGCGACUUCUCUCAAUGGACUAGUGCAAUUGUACCACUUCAGGACAUUAGCACUCCACGAUGCUUCAUCACUGAGGACAGAGGUCACACUGUGUAUAUAUCUUACACUAUAACAACAGCUUAUGCACUGGAUGCAUUAUACUAUAAUUAUACUCUUGAGAGUAAUGUGGGUAACUUUGAUGCUGAUCAGAACAUUGAUCCAACUACUAAUAAUACUUUGGAGCUAGUGAAUAUUGUUAGGAAUACUGAUUAUGUCUUUAGACUCAGUUUAUGUGAUAAAUCACGUUUGCCUUAUCUUUGCAGCUCUCACUGUGUCAUAAGUUUCACUUCGAACUCGGCAAUACCUGGAACACCUGUCAAUAUCACUGUAUACAUAGACAUAGUCUCAUUCACUGUAAUGUUCGGUUGGGAUGCACCUCCUAACGAGAAUGCAAGCUCAUUGUCGUAUUUUGUUCAAGUCAGUGGUCCUGACUAUCAUGUUGUGUAUCAAACAUUCAGACAGUAUAUUGAAUGGCCUGGUUCUCUCACAGCAGAUGACACUUAUUCUGUUAGUGUCUUGGCUCAUCACAAUGCUUCAAACAUUAACGGCUCUUUUGGAGCUGGACCUUCCUUUAAAAUGCCUCCUGGUACUCCAGGCCCUUGCAAGUACAUUAAAGCUAUAUACAGUUUUGAUGAUAGGGGCAGCCGAUUGAGUAUUGUCUGGGAGCCACCUGCAAUAAGAAAUGGAACAAUAAGGAACUACACUAUACUUUAUUGGUCUAGCAACAGAGACCAUGAUUGUGCUAGUCUUUACAUUAGAUCUAGUGGUCCUAUCAUUACCACUACUUCUGAUCCUUCUGUCCUGACAAUGGAUUUUAAUGAUCCCGAAGGCUUAAAGGAUCCUCAGGCUGUGAGGGCCAGUGGACUUAUCGUGUGCAUAGCAGCUGCAACACAUGCUGGUAAGGGAGAAUGGAACUACACUGCCAUUGGAAGGGAAGGAAUUGUUGACUUUAGUACGAGUGGUAACACAUCAGAUGAUGCAAGUGAAACUGCUCUCUAUGUUGUGACAGUUGUAACAAUAAUGGCAAUCAUUGCUGCUAUUGUCAUUGUAGUAAUAUUUGCUAUCCUUUGCUACUUGAGCAAAAGGUCUAAGACUCCAGCUUCAUCUUUAUCUCCAACCAGUAAUGGCAGAAUUGGAGAUAGUAAGUUGAAAAUUUUCAAACGGCACAGAUCUUCUAAAGUAGCCACGCCUGUUGAGCCCUCGCAAAGUAUAAGAUCCACUGCUUCCACUACUCCAAUGGUUCCUGUUCAGGACUGAGUAUCAUGUGGUGGUUGUCCUGGGGCUAACGUUUAUCUCUUUAUAAAAAAACCUAACAACUUCUCCCUCUCAAUGCCUUGAUAUGCUCUGUGUAUUUUUCAUGUAGACUCGUAAAUUUGUGUAGUUUUUUUUUAAAUGUGUAAUAAUUAUUCUCUUCUUUUCACUCUCUUCUUUAUUUAUUAUUAAUUCCCUUUCCACACACUCUCUCUUUUUCCCUCUUUCUUAAUGUGUCAUGCAGAAUUUAACGUACAUGUACAUGUACUUAUUUUAAUAAAAAUAAAUUAAUUACUGCUAGAGAAA